CCUGGACAGCCUAAAAUCAACAACUCACUUUUAGUUUGAAGUUCAUUUCCCCACAUUUGACUACGAUACAGAAUCAUGAUUAUGGGUGUCAAUGGCAAUGGCAACCUUCUUCACUACUCUCACGCCUUCCACCGAUGCCCCUCUCUUCUCCUCCAUUCUCCCAAUCGCUCCCCCACCGCUGUCGCUGCUUCUUCUCUGCAGAAUUCCUCCCAAUUUUCAAGAUUGCGUUCGUCAAGCUUCCUUUCUCAUUUAAGCUCGGGUGGAAUAAGUAGAUCUUUAAUCAGCAAGUAUGCUCCAGAUAAUCUAUCGCCGGAAUUGCCUUUUGAGCACCAAUCGGAAUCGCCUAAGAUUCAGGAGAAAGUUUCCUUACUGUCCAUUUUGAAAGGAGCAAAUUCUUUUCUGCCUCAAGUGGUUCUAGCGAGCACAAUAUUGGCUCUUGUAUACCCGCCCUCAUUCACUUGGUUCACUAACAGGUAUUAUGCUCCAGCAUUAGGCUUUCUGAUGUUUGCUGUCGGAGUUAAUUCAAGCGAGAAAGAUUUUCUUGAAGCAUUUAGGAGACCAGCAGCCAUUUCUGCUGGUUACAUUGGACAGUUUGUCAUCAAGCCCCUUUUUGGAUAUCUUUUUGGUACGAUUUCAAUGACGAUCUUCGGUCUCCCAAUGCCCCUGGCUGUUGGGAUCAUGCUAACUUCUUGUGUUAGUGGGGCGCAGCUCUCGAACUAUGCCACAUUUUUAACAGAUCCAGAAAUGGCCCCCCUUAGCAUCGUCAUGACAUCUCUGUCCACUGCUUCAGCAGUCUUUGUCACCCCCUUCUUGUCGUUACUACUUAUCGGGACCAAGCUGCCCGUUGAUGUGAAAGGAAUGGUUUCCAAUAUCCUGCAGAUUGUUGUCACUCCUAUCGCCACUGGGUUGCUCCUGAAUAGAUUCUUUCCUAGAAUUUGUACUGCAAUUCGUCCGAUUCUGCCUCCGCUCUCAGUAUUUGUGACGGCUCUCUGUGUUGGAGCGCCACUUGCUAUCAACGUCAAGUCAGUGAUGUCCCCUUCUGGGAUUUCAGUGUUGCUGCUGGUGAUUGCAUUUCAUUUGUCGGCAUUCCUUGCUGGAUACUGGCUCACCGGUCUAGCUUUUUGUGAUUUGCCUGAUGUAAAAGCUCUGCAAAGAACACUAUCAUACGAGACAGGCAUGCAGAGCAGUCUUUUAGGCCUUGCGCUUGCCAAUAAGUUUUUCCAAGACCCUCUCGUCAGCAUUCCACCUGCUAUUUCUACUGUGAUAAUGUCAUUGAUGGGAUUCUCCCUUGUGAUGCUGUGGGCUCGAAGGAAAGAACCUGCUGCCCAAUGAGACGACGAGAUACAGUUUUCAUGUUAUGAAAGACGGAUUUCAUAACAGAGUGAGGUGCGUUGUGCAACUCACAACUCUAUUACACUGACACAUGCUCUUGAGGUGUUGGAAGCGAAGAAAAGAUGGCAUGCACGAAAGGAGUUUGUUUGCCGUCUGAUUCUUGAUUCAGAGUUUGUACACACGACUAAAGGUAUGUUUUCUGAAACUCUUGAACACAUUUCUAAGAAUUAGGAGCCAUUUUGUGUUUGUCUUGUGACAUGUUGAGAGUUUAUUUGAAGGCUAGAUUGACGAUGAACCAAAGUAGAGUAGAAAGGAAAAGAAACUAAACAUUUGGCCUUUUAGUGUAUAUUCUAAUAUCUCGAGAAAAAAAAAAAACCAAAAACUUGUAUGGACCUCUUAAGUUGAAUGGGCGUUUUAUUGUUCUUCUCAAUUUAAUUGGAUUUGGUUUUCGGAUCCAA